GAGUGAAGGGUAAAGAAGCCGUCAUAAUAAACUGGCAAGGCGGCAUAACGGGGAUACGGACUAAGCAUCGGCAAUGGAACUGGAGUGACAUGAGAAAACUGACUAGAGCAAUUCAAAGCCAGUCCCAAUAAAACAUUUUUUCCUGACGAAACAAAGACAUGUACAGACUACGCGAUAUUUUUGUCUUUAAAAAAAUAUUUUAACUUAUUUAAAAAAAACAAAUUUGUUUUAAUAAGUUGCUUACAUUUAAGAAAGUUGAACACUGUACUCGGAAGUUUUUUGUCACUUUUUUAUUUUACUGUAUAAUUUUGAGAAUAAGCAUUUUGUGGGACGGGCUUGGAACAUGUUUGAUGUAACUUCAUUUAACUGACAAAGUUUUUUUUUCUCCCGAAAGACAUCUUAAAAGCAGUUAUAUAUUAUUUGCCACUCAGUUCGAUUUUUUUUAAGUGAGUGGGCUUGUAACGGUGAAUACAGCACUUAUUGUGCUUCAGCUUAAGCUGUUUUCGCACGAAGCUGGGGGAGUCUAGCGCUAUGAGAUAGUACGGAGUAACCCUUAAGACAGAAAUGCCGUCGCCCUUAAAAACAUCCCGAAAAGUGAAUCAAACAAGUCUGAUCCAAACAAGGACUAUGAGCGUCGGACUGCGCUCUUAUCUGCUAUUGAUUGCCUUCUUAACUUGGUUGCGAAUGGGCAGCACUGAUUCUUUGCCUGAGCUGCAGUUUGUGCGGACUCCAAGCAAUGUGACCUCGUCGCUGGGCAGAUCGGUGCGGAUGGAGUGUGUGCUGCACGUGUAUGGUGGAGACAUGGAGCCGGUGGACGUUGAGUGGCAGAGAGAUGGGCAGCCCCUGGACCUUGCCAACACCGACCAGUUUCAGGUCUCCAUCGGUGAUGACAGUUGGCAGACUGUCAGUACACUCCGGAUUGAGGCACUGCAGCUGUCAGAUAUGGGAAGCUACAGCUGUAUUGUAAUGGCAGGAGGGAAGAAGAUGGUUUCGCAGGCAGGAUGCAUCCAGCUGGAGGACCUCCCUCACUUCUCUGUGGAGCCCCGGGAUAUGGUGGUAACAGCCAACAGUUCUCUGAGCCUCUACUGUGAAGCACACGGUCCUCCAGAACCCGUCUGGGUCAUCUGGCUGCAGGGCGGUAUCCCACUAACCGGACUGCAAGAUCCAAACUCUCAGUCACCCUCUACUCUCAACAUCACAGGCCUCAAUAAAACCAGUACAUUCUCUUGUGAGGCCCGCAAUGACAAAGGUGUGGCUACUUCUGGAUCUGGCACUGUCACAGUUAUCCCAUCCCAGCCAGAGAAAGUGAAGACUGUAGAAGUCACCAACAGCAGCCUGCAUAUCUCCUGGCAGCCAGGCUUUGGUGGCAAUUACCCUGUCACUGUGUGCUCCAUCCAGGCCAUACGCCAAUCCGAUCUUCACAUGGUCCCCACUCAUCACAACCAGAUGCACAACCAGAACGUGAAUGUGCCACCUGCCCGGCACCUGAUUCCAAACUUGAAGCCCUUCACCAACUACAGCGUGAGGGUGGCCUGUCUCAGCAGCCAGGGCAUCUCCCCAUGGAGCCCCUGGGCCACGCUGUGUACCAGUGAGGGAGUGCCAGAAGCCGCACCAGUGAAUGUCAGCGCUGUAUUCAACGACACGGUGAUGACGGUGAACUGGGCAGAGCCUUCAGGCCAGCUCAAUGGGCGCUUGCUUGGGUACUGGCUGGAGUACAGCACGUUAAUGGCAGAGGUUGUGCUUGACGUGGGCUUGUCCACCAGACUGUCCGUCAACCUAUCAACGGCCGUGUCCAACGUGUCUGUGCGAGUGUGUGCCUAUACGGGGGCGGGGCCUGGGCCUUGGAGCUCCCCCCACACCUUCAGCCCCAUAAAAGCUGGACAGCUUAAACAGAGCGAGCUUCCAUCAGCCUUCUCCUGGCACUGGUGGUAUGUAGUUAUGGCAACUGCAGCCGCCGUUGCCCUGACGGUACUGAUCGCGACCUAUGUGGUCAAGCUACGACGCAAGGAGACACGAUUCGGUGAGGCAUUUCAGCCGACGAUGGAUGGUGGAGAUUUGGUGGUGAGGUACCAUGCCAGACGGUCCUAUGGUCGGCGUACAAUGGAAGCCACAUUGAACAGCCUGGUCAUCAGCGAUGAGCUUAAGCAGAAGCUACAAGAUGUGAUGAUAGACCGACAUAAGCUGACCCUGGGCAAGACACUGGGUGAAGGAGAGUUUGGCUCGGUGAUGGAGGGUCUGCUUACCCAGGAGGAGUUUGUGCUGAAGGUGGCUGUCAAAACCAUGAAGAUUGCCAUCUGCACUCGCACUGAGAUGGAGGACUUCCUGCGGGAAGCAGCUUGUAUGAAGGAGUUUGACCACCAGAAUGUCAUGAGGCUCAUAGGGGUUUGCUUGCAGACAGUGGAGAGUGAGGGUUAUCCUUCACCAGUGGUCAUCCUGCCUUAUAUGAAGCAUGGAGACCUGCACAGCUACCUGCUGUACUCUCGCUUGGGUGACUGCCCUGUGUUCCUGCCUUCUCAGAUGCUAGUCAAGUUCAUGACAGAUAUAGCGAGGGGGAUGGAGUAUUUGAGUAGCAAGAGCUUCAUUCAUAGAGAUCUCGCUGCCCGAAACUGCAUGCUAAAUGAGAACAUGACAGUAUGUGUGGCAGACUUUGGGCUCUCUAAGAAGAUCUACAACGGUGAUUACUACAGACAAGGCCGAAUCUCUAAAAUGCCAGUCAAGUGGAUUGCAAUUGAAAGCCUUGCGGACAGGGUGUACACAACCAAGAGUGAUGUGUGGUCUUUUGGGGUCACAAUGUGGGAGAUUGCCACUAGGGGGCAGACACCUUACCCAGGAGUGGAGAACAGUGAGAUUUACGACUACCUAAGACAGGGAAAUCGCCUUAAACAGCCCCCAGGCUGCCUGGACGUUAUAUACUCCCUGAUGUUCUCCUGCUGGUUGCUGAGCCCCAAAGACAGGCCAAGUUUUGAAACUCUCCGUUGUGAGCUGGAGAAGGUGCUAGAAGAACUGCCAGACACUCUGGAGCCUGAGGAGAUCCUCUAUGUGAACAUGGAUGAGCCCCGGGCUGAGCAGGGGGCCGUGGGGGGUCGGGAGCCCUUUUUCACCCCCCUACCUUUCCCCCUGAAGGGCAUGGACUCUGUAACGACUGUUGAGGUGCACCAGCCUGGCCGCUACGUCCUCUGCCCUCAACAUGAGACACAGAAGCUGCUCACCGACUCCACAGAGAGCCUCAACCUGAAUUGCUCCUCCUCCAACUCCACCUUACUGCUGCAGCGCUCGUCUUGUUCCACCCCUUUGUCAGAGCAACGAGAGGACAGGGAGGGCGGUCUUCGGAAAGCCUCCAGGCAAUGACGUCGAGGGGCACUCGCUGCUGGUCCACGCUGAAGAUGAAGUUCAGCAUGAGAUGCCUGACACAUACCUGUGUCCUAAGACAGGGCGCAUUUUGUCAAGUGUGUGUGUGUGGGGGGGGGGGGGGGGGAUGGUGGUGGACUCUGGAGAUCCUCCAUGCUGAUAUGGCACCCAUCUUAGACUGGGUCUUGCCCAGGCAUAUUUCCAGUACUGUUAAAGUAACUGCUUAUAACCAGAAGCAAUACGACAGGAUCACCCUUUUCCUCCUAAUCUGUAGCAAGAACUGAAUGGAGAGAAGAGAAAUUGUAAAUUGAAUUGUACGUAUAGGUCUAUUUUGGAAUAUAUAUUUUUGCAUAUGCACAAUCAGAGAGAGAAACAGCGGAAGAUGUGACGGAACGAGGAGUACUGCAGAUUCUGAAUAUUGUUACAUUUGAUGAUAAGAAGCCCACCGAGGUUGUAUUUUUAACCAUCUGAUCUAGCUGAAGGACACAAUGUGAAGGUUAUUUUUCACUUUAAACCAAAAUCAGCUGAUCGGCACUCAUUCUGAUGCAUGUUUACACCAGCUGUUCCACCUUUGAUAAUUUCCAAAGCCAGUUGCAUCUAUUUAAAAAAAAAAUGUUAUGAUACAAUAAGAAUAAAAGAGUGAUUAGAUGUAGGAUACAAAACGAUAAAGUACUGCAUUAGUAUAAUAAAUUAAAAUAACUCAUUUAUCCAUAACUGGAUAAAUUAAGUCCAUAACUGCAGUAUGUCACAGACCAAGCAAAGCCACCAUGGAGAAAAACCAAAUCCUCAUCCAAAUUGUGACACCAAAAUCAGUGCAAGGCAAUGGAUAUUAGGUCCAGCCGGUGCAAUACCGAGAAAGUUACCAAGGCAAAACAUGAGAUAAAAGGCUAGAAAACUCAGAGAUUAUGAGAAGGGAAAGAAUGACCUCUUAGCAUGGUGGCCACACACAGCACCUUACAAAGAGAUGAGUAAAACUGCCAGGUCUUAAAAUAUUUCACCAAGACACGACUUGGAGGUGCAUCAUGACUAGGCUGCAUGUGACUGAACGGAGGUUAGGUUGGAGGCCGUCAUGACAAUAACAAUGCAAAGCCUGUUGAGAAAAAUAUCAUUUAAAUUAGACUGGAUUGCUUGUGUGCAUUUAAAGACCACUCAACCCAAGAAAAGUUACGUGAUUUUGCUUAACUUUUAGUAAUGCCGUUUGCUAGUUUUUGUUUUAUUUUAAUUGUUUUAAUUUAAGGGAAAUAACAAUGUAUAUAUAGUAAUACUGCCUACUUCUGACAGGUCUUAAAUGAUGAUGCUGUACAUGGCCCAAAUGCCCAACCUUAACUGUUGCACUUAAUUGUAUAUAUCCAGCAUGUAGACAUCACACCAACUAAGUUUUUUACAUAACUCUGUUGGCACAUAGGAAGCCUUUCAUAACUGCCUAGCAUAGGCUUAAGUCUGGCCUCACUUUACAGUAUAGUGAUGGCCAAAAUGACGCCUUGUGAACCAUUUUCAGUAUUUUUUUGACCCACUAGAUGGUGCUCUUGACAUGCUUUGAACCCUUUUUUGACCAGACAUCACCACCUAAUGGAGUCAUAAAAAACCUGAAAUAACUUAUGAAGCGACAUUUUUGCCUUCACUAUUUUCCAGGCAAACCUAACUUUUGUUCAUUCCAGUUUUUCCACAUGUGGAGCACGAUUAAAUGUUGCUUUCGAAAUUCCUAAACUUCAGGUCAGCACAGGCUAACUUUAUUUGUACAUGAGAAAUGCCCCAGUUCAUUUCCAAAUCUCUGCAAUUGUAUCGACUGUUAGAUGUGGAGAACACCAAAACAAUCCAGGAAUCCACUGAAGAUGCACUGAUUUGUAAUGUAUGCUUUAUCAAAACAAAGCUUCUAAGCUGAUUAACAACAAAAUGGUAACGGGAAAGAGCCUGUUAGGGUGAAUCUUGCAUUUUAAUUAACAUUUCACACAACACUAUCACAAAGCACAAUUUCUAAAACUGUUGUGUGUGCUGUGUAAUCUGUUGUGUAAUGCGUUGUCCAGCACUCAUAUUUUGCACUAUGCCAUUCAUGCAUUAUUCAUGCAAUUAAAUUGUACUAUGUUUUAUUUUAUCUGCUUUUUUAUACUUAAAUCCUAGUUUGACAGAAGCGCUGUCCCAUUACAUCUAAUCCCUCCACUGAUGUUUUCUUUUUUUUCCAAAAAAUAUUUAUUAGGCCAGUUAAAAGCAGUGUUUAUGGUCAUUUUUGAAUAUGUUGGAGUUUUAUUUGUACCAUGUGUUAUUGCUAGAAUUCAGUUUUUCACUGGCGUGAUUUAAGAAUCAUCAAAUGUCAUACAUUCUUCCUGAAUUUCAACUUUUGUUUUUGACCUGAUGCGCGUUCCUCUUAUUAUUUGGCCUGUGUACUGCUAACAGGAAGCGAGUAGGUUGGCAGUCAAAUCAAAUGACGUUGGAAGUAGACAAAACAGGGUCCGGCUAGUCAGAUCUGUUUUACUGGACUGUUGAUUGGUCCUUGGUAUUUAAUUAAAAAAAAUACUCUAGUCAUUUUUGUAGGCUCUUUUCAUGUCUGGAUAAUAAUUAGUUAUUUCAAUUUGUACUUUAUCGGUGACCCAAAACACAGCGAUGUGCUCAAACCAAUGCUACCUGCCACAAGCUUUGCCACCUUCUCAUUGCUAGUGCCAUUUACAUUUAUUUAAGUUUCCUGAGAAGGAAAAAUAUCUAUGGUGCCUCAGUUCUUAUCCUUUUUAUAAUAUAGGUACCACUCAGUAGUAGAUGAAAUAUGAUGGGAGUGACAGAAAUGUUGUUACAUUUAUGCAUAUUUUUUGUUCCAGAAACUUGAAGAUGAAGUUUUUCUUCUUGUUCAGCGCAACAAAGAAAGUGCGUGUAGUGUGAAGGGUGCACUCUGCAUUUUAAUAAUAAUCUCUGAGGAACACAGGGUUUCUGUGAUAUACUAGUCUUUACUGUUACCGUCUCAUAGCAGGGGUACCCUGGGUGAUACACAGAAUCUGUUUGACUUUGCAUAGCGUAGCCAUGAAAGCAAUGCAAAGUACUUCCAGAAAGCCAGUACUCACUGAAAGUUAUGUGGAGUACUUCCAGAAAGCCAAUACUCUUUUACAGCUAUGCAGUGUACUUCCAGAAAGCAAAUACGCUUCGAAAGCUAUGCACAGUACUUCCAGAAAGCCAAUACUCUUUGUUAAUUGCGUUGUAAUGUUUCAUGUCCCUUAUUUUACUAAGAUAAUUAUUCGAAUUCACUUUACUCAUGUGAUUUAUUAGGAUUUAUAAUCUUAAUUAUAUAAAUGUAUUAAAUAAAUCCUUGUAUAAAUCUAGAGACAAAAAA